AUGCACAGACUAGGCGGCGCUGGGAUUGGUGGCCUGCAGCGACAAACCCAAGCUACGCAAGCGUACAAGCCCCUAUCCAGCGCAAUCUCUCGCUCGCAGAUCGACAGUCUCCAACAGCAGCUCGCGACCUUCCGUGAAGCGCUGACACGAUUUGCGAGGGAACAUCGGAAUGAUAUCCGCCGUAACCCAGAGUUCAGACAACAAUUUCAGCAGAUGUGUGCUGCGAUUGGUGUCGAUCCACUUGCUGGACCGCGGAAGGGUGGUUGGUGGGCAGAGCUCAUUGGCUAUGGGGACUGGACCUAUGAGCUCGCCAUUCAGAUUGUCGAAAUAUGUGUCAAUACACGGGACAUCAACGGCGGUCUGAUCGAGAUGGAUGAAGUGCUCAGAAUGGUACGAAGGCUGCGGGCAUUGGGUGAAGACGAUGGGUCUGAAGCCAUCAGCGAAGAAGAUAUCGUGCGAAGUGUGCAUACCCUCAGCGUACUCGGGGCCGGUUAUCAGAUUGUCACCGUCGGACAUCGCAAGAUGCUUCGAAUUGUUCCUCAAGAGCUCGACACUGAUCAGGCUGCUGUACUCGAGGUGGCUCAAGAAGCUGGAGGUCAGGUGAACGAAGGCCUCUUGGUGUUGAGGAAGAAGUGGACGGUAGAACGAGCAAGAACCGCACUAGAGAACAUGCUCAUGCGCGACGGACUGUGCUGGAUCGACGACCAAGCAGAAGAAGGAAUUGUAUAUUGGGUACCCAGUGUGAUGAUAUGGGCUGAAGAAUAG